GGAAUUGGGUGGAAACCACUAUCGCUGAUGUGUGUGGGAGGAGCUUGGCGCCUAUGAUGUGAUAACAGGCUUCUGUUUCCAGCACCACUGCACCACUUCACGGUCUGCAAACGUAUUAAAAUUCAUCGGAUCAACUGAUGUUUAGGGUCUCCGAAGGUAUUUAAAAUUAUACAUUUUUGAAAAAUAUAGUUUCUGAUGGUGGCUGUGGGCACUUCGCUGCUACUUGUUUGGAAUAUACGCCUACCCGCCGCCGUUUUCGGGUCGUUAUGAUUAUGGAAACCUGCUAUUUGAGUCACGUAGUCCUAACCCGUCUUUCUCUGUUGGUCCUCUUGGUCGUUCUGAGACCCCUCAAUGCGUGGAUUUACACCUCCAGCAGCAACGAUAUGGAUAGGGCACUGGUAACGGGAGUAUACUUCUCUCCCCGGGUUACUAACUCUGAAGAAAUAACUGCCAUAACUGCCUUACCAAAAUACUUGUUUACUACUCCGGAAACUUCUACGGACUUUAGGGAGGUAUCAUCACCAUCAUCUGGAACAGAACUCCACCACAGAGUCAGGCAUUCCGAUGAGAGUGAGACACGGGCGUUGAGUGAAGACAAAUUAGCAACUGAACAAAACAUACGUCUCUCCUCGGGCUCAACCAGUUGGACAUCAGAAGGAACCCUUGGUUUGUCGACGGAGCAGAGGAGCUCUACCAUUGUAGUGUCUACAGAGGCUACCACACAGUGGGAAGACAAGACCAGGCUAACACCAGACCACCUACCAGAGGCCUACUCUGGGCUCCCAGCACAGCUCAGGGCUUUGACUGAAACAAAACGCUCAGUAGAACUUAAGUCUGUGUCUGUUACGGAAGCCAGACCACCUCAGGACAGCCCUGAUGCUGACAGCAGUCUCAGAAGGGACCAGUCCACAAACCGAGGUACGGUGGAUCUCAGAGAAGACCAAUCCACAACCCAAGGCACCGUGGGUCUCAGCGAGAACCAGUCCACGAACCAAGGCAUUGAGGGCCUCAGAGAGGACCAGUCCACAAACCGGGGUACUGUGGGUCUCAGAGAGGACCAGUCCACAAACGGGGGCACCUUGGGUCUCAGCGAGGACCAGUCCAAUAUCCGAGGCACCAUGGGUCUCAGUGAGGACCAGUCCACAAACCGAGGCACUGAGGGCCUCAGAGAGGACCAGUCCAAUAUCCGAGGCACCAUGGGUCUCAGUGAGGACCAGUCCACAAACCAAGGCACUGAGGGCCUCAGAGGGGACCAGUCCACAAACCAAGCUACUGUGGGGCUCAGAGAGGACCAGUCCAAUAUCCGAGGCACCAUGGGUCUCAGUGAGGACCAGUCCACAAACCAAGGCACCGAGGGCCUCAGAGAGGACCAGUCCACAAACCGAGGUACUGUGGGUCUCAGAGAGGACCAGUCCACAAACCGAGGCACCGUGGGUCUCAGAGAGGACCAGUCCACAAACCAAGGCACUGAGGGCCUCAGAGAGGACCAGUCCACAAACCGAGGUACUGUGGGUCUCAGAGAGGACCAGUCCACAAACCGAGGCACCGUGGGUCUCAGCGAGGACCAGCCCACAACCCGAGGCACCGUGGGUCUCAGAGAGGACCAGUCCACAAACCGAGGCACCGUGGGUCUCAGCGAGGACCAGCCCACAACCCGAGGCACCGUGGGUCUCAGAGAGGACCAAUCCACAACCCAAAGCACCAUGGGUCUCAGCGAGGACCAGUCCACAAACCAAGGCACCAUGGGUCUCAGAGAGGACCACUCCACAAACCAAGGCACCGUGGGUCUCGGCCAAGGACAGUCAACAGAUACUCUCAGGCAGGAACAGUGGACCGACCUAGGAACCAUGGCUCUCCCCAUCCCUGUCCACACAGACCGCACCUACAUCUCCUCCACUAUGAGUCGAGCGGGAGAGAGGACCUUACUGUCUGUGAGCUCCAACAGCACCUCCAUGUACCCUAAGGACUCCACCUUGGGCCUCCCGACCAGCCGCACCGGUGCCGGGGCUGGGGAUGUCACCGACAGGAUACCCUCCACUGGACCUGACCAUGGGCAUGACGCUACGUCUGGGUCUGACUCUCACCCCCACUCCAACACCAACUCUUCACAAGAGACGCCUGGUGGUUUGUCCUCCAGAGGGACCAACCCGCUGACUGAACCCCCCAAUGUGACCCAACAGCAGGACCUAACCUCUCUGAUUUCGGAGGGAACCCCCUACUCCACCCCCCCUCUCAGCGUGGCUGAUAACCACAGCAGACAGGACACAGACACAACAGACUCCAGUCAGCCUUCCAGAGGCAGGACGUCCCAGACAGAAGAUGGGGUCCCUGAUUCUUCACAGCCCCCCUUCCUGUUUUCAGAAGGACCCAGUCAUCCCAGCACCAACACCUCUCAGGGAGGAGAUAGAGAUACUCCCUCCAUCAUGGUCACCGGGUCUGGCACUUCCACAGAGUCCUCCACAGGUGCCCUCAGCACCCAGGGGGGCCAGGGUGAGACAGAAGGAGUCACAUCACUCCACACAGAGGACACACCUACCAUCGUAGGUCUAGCUCUAACUACUGCUCACCCGACGCUACGAGAAAGUGCCACCGCCCUGGACGACUCCCUGUCCCGGUUCAUCUCAAGCCAGCCUCCCUUUGUCCCCAAGACAGAGCAGCCAUCGCCGGCGGUGACCACAGAGGUCCUGAUGUCCACCACAUCCGUUACCGUUACGAUGACGUCACAGGUCACUGAGGAGGAGACCUACAGAUUUACUACGGCAACCAGCACCACACUGACACCCCCUCUGGUUACGACAAGGAUGGUUCAGCUUAGCACCACCUCCGUCGAAGCCCAGACUCAACCCACCACCAUCCCUACCACCAUUACCACUGAGACCACUCUGGGUCUCCAGACCUCGGCUUCAACCCCCCUGCGCCCAGCUACACUUCAGACCCAGACCCAGGAGCCCUCAACAGGGGUGAGCUUCACCGACGUCACCAGCUUCACCGAUGUAACCACCUUGCCCCUGGAGACCAGCACGGCCACACCGGGGAACACCACGCCUCACAGCGGCCAGGACAUCACCACUACCACUACUACAGCCUCCUCUUCCUACAGCCACAGCACCACCACCAGGAGCACAGUGGAACUGCACACUACAGGGAAACACACUGACAGGGGGACCACUGAGGUAGAAGUGACCGCAGCUCCAAUGGACAUCAGAUCUACAUCUCAGACACCAGGUAGUGCCUGUGAAUCCAACCCCUGUCUGAACGGAGGUGAGUGUGGAGAGACCUAUGGAGGGAGGGAAUUCACCUGUUACUGUCUGUCAGCAUGGACAGGACCUAGCUGCAAUGAGGAUGUGGAUGAGUGUGAGAUUGGCCCCGGCCCCUCGGGCCCAUGUCCCAGUGACUCUACGUGUGUUAACACCAGGGGCUCCUUCAGCUGCGAGUGUCCCCUGGGCCUUGACAUUGAGAACGGACGAGACUGCACGCGAGCAAAAACCUUCUUGGGGACGUUCAGUGUCAACAACUCUCACUAUGACCCACUGCUCUCCAGGAGCGCCACACUGCAUGAGAUCCAGAGAGAGAUCAACCAGCUGCUCAAUGCCUCAUUAUCAAUUCUGCAUGGUUACCGGCGCUCUACUUUGAGUAAAAAAGGAGUUCAUAUCUCUGCUGUCAACAUGUUCUCCCUCUCUGCUGACGUGACCAGCUCUGAGGUCUACGACAGCAUACAGAUGUCUCUGAACAACUGUAACAGCACUGCUGGACACUGUAGAGUGGUGGUCACUCACCAGCUCUCCUAUCAAGUUGAGAGUCUGUGUCUGGCCCAGAACACCCAGUGUCACCUAGAGCGUUCCUUCUGUGUCGACUCCAAUGGGACAGCCUACUGCCAGUGUCAACCAGGGUACUUCAAACUCAACCCUGAGGACCAGUCCUGCCUAGAAUGCGGGGAUGGUUUGAAAUGGGUCAAUGGAACCUGUGUCAGGUGCACAUUUGGAUUUGGAGGAUUCAACUGUGGAAAUUUCUACAAGCUGAUAGCUGUGGUGGUAUCGCCAGUAGGGGGUGCCCUACUCCUUGUUCUCAUCAUCGCUCUCAUUGUCACCUGCUGCAAGAAAGACAAGAAUGACAUCAACAAGAUCAUUUUCAAAAGUGGCGAUUUUCAAAUGUCGCCGUACGCAGAGUUCCCAAAGAGUAACCGUGUUUCUAUGGAGUGGGGGAGAGAGGCCAUCGAGAUGCAGGAGAACGGUAGCACCAAGAACCUGCUACAAAUGACAGACAUCUACUACUCUCCUGCGUUACGUAACUCUGACCUAGAGCGUAACGGCCUCUACCCGUUCUCUGGCCUGCCAGGCUCCCGUCACUCCUGUAUCUAUCCCGCCCAAUGGAACCCUUCGUUCAUUAACGACGACUCACGACGUCGGGACUACUUCUGACGCCCAGCUACCCCGCCUCUGGUCCUGCCUAGCCAGCCAACCCCACCUCUGGCCCUGUCUAGCCAGCCAACUCCGCCUCUGGCCUUGCCUAGCCAGCCAACCCCAUCUCUGGCCCUGUCUAGCCAGCCAACUCCGCCUCUGGCCCUGCCUAGCCAGCCAACCCCACCUCUGGCCCUGCCUAGCCAGCCAACACCGCCUCUGGUCCUGUCUAGCCAGCCAACUCCGCCUCUGGCCCUGUCUAGCCAGCCAACUCCGCCUCUGGCCUUGCCUAGCCAUCCAACUCCGCCUCUGGCCCUGCCUAGCCAGCCAACACCGCCUCUGGUCCUGCCUAGCCAGCCAACCCCACCUCUGGCCCUGCCUAGCCAUCCAACUCCGCCUCUGGCCCUGCCUAGCCAGCCAACACCGCCUCUGGUCCUGCCUAGUCAGCCAACUCCGCCUCUGGCCCUGCCUAGCCAGCCAACUCCGCCUCUGGCCCUGCUUAGCCAGCCAACUCCACCUCUGGUCCUGCCAAGCCAGCCAACUCCGCCUCUGGCCCUGCCUAGCCAGCCAACUCCGCCUCUGGCCCUGCCUAGCCAGCCAACUCCGCCUCUGGCACUGCCUAGCCAGCCAACUCCGCCUCUGGCCCUGCCUCACCAGCCAACUCCGCCUCUGGCCCUGCCUCGCCAGCCAACUUUGCAUCUGGCCCUGCCUCGCCAGCCAACUCCGCCUCUGGCCCUGCCUCGCCAACCAACUCCACCUCUGGCCCUGCCUCACCAGCCAACUUUGCAUCUGGCCCUGCCUCACCAGCCAACUCCGCCUCUGGCCCUGCCUAGCCAGCCAACUCCGCCUCUUGCCCUGCCUACCCAGCCAACUCCACCUCUGGCCCUGCCUCACCAGCCAACUCUGCCUCUUGCCCUGCCUCACCAGCCAUCUCCGCCUCUUGCCCUGCCUAGCCAGCCAACUCCACCUCUGGCCCUGCCCCACCAGCCAACUCCACCACUGCCAUAAGCCUAAUUUACACACCUUCUGCUUCACUUCAACGUCCACACAAGGUCUGCAUCUGCGCACCUCCUUGGCAAAGUGUCCGAACGGACAGGAGUGGACAUUCGAUUUUGCGUAAUUUUGUUUGAGUGGACCAAGCGGACAGCUCAGAAGUGGAAGGUGUAAAUUAGGCUUUAGCCUGGUCCCAGAUUUGUUUGUGCUCUUGCAUACUCCAUUGCUGUCCUUGUCAAGCCAAACAUGGCAAUGAGUGAUAAGGAGUUGGCAUGGUAGCAUAAACACACUGGCACGCAGGCUACCACUGCCUGGUCUCCAGUCAACCACAUCCAUGAUUAAGUGCACCAAAAACACUUCACACUGAUUUGAUCAGUGCAAAUUUGAUCAUAUGAUUUGAUCGUAUGUCAAAAGCAAUAAUAAAAGCAAUCCAUAAAUGAUAAAAGUUACGGUGUAUACCAUGUAUUCAUAAUAUGUGGGUGCAUGUCUGUCUGUUCUGCAAAGUGUGUGUGUGUCUGUGUGUCUGUGUGUAUGUGUGUGUGUGUGUGUGUGUGUGUGUGUGUGUGUGUGUGUGUGUGUGUGUACUGAAAAAGCAGGUUGAAAAGAGAAUGCUGCAAAAAACUUGUUUUGUGUGUGUCAAGUAUUGUUACAUUGUGUAAAGAUAUUUAACGGCAUGUCCGAUGGAAAAUCAAUGUACUGUAUUUGUCAGAUGAAGAAUAGAUGCACCAAAGUGGUUUCCUAUGACACAUUGAAUGAUGGUCAAGCUGCUGUCUGUCGAUCGGAACAGUACAACAGUUUUUGUAAUUUAUUGAAUGUAUUUCAACAGUUAAAAAUGUAUGAAGACAUUUUCAACAUGUUGCAUUAUCAGAGGGACUCAUACCCCACCCUGUUCUGUAGGGACAAACAUCUGAAGUUUGGAACACAAAAGGCUGUGUGUGUGUGUGUGUGUGUGAGUGGACGCGUGUGUGGAUGUGUUUAACUAUACUUGUGGGAACCCACAUUUGACUAACUGGGGAUAUUUUGUUGGUCCCAACAAGGUCAAAUGCUAUUUCAAAGGGGUUUAGGGUUAAGGUUAGAAUUAGUGUUAGGGUUAGAAUUAGGUUUAGGGUUAGGAUUAGGAGCUAAGGGUUAGGUUUAAGGUUUGAUUUUCAGGUUAGGGUACGGGUUAGGGUUAGGGAGAAUAGGAUUUUGAAUGGGACUGAAUUGUGUGUCCUCACAUGGUUCGUUGUACAAGACUGUGUGUAUGUGUGAAUCUUGGAUUAAUUCAGUUCAAUAAACAUGCUAAGUGUCAGCUCUCAUUUAUGGUUUGCAUAGAGAUGUACUAUAUUUGUAGAUAGAGUACCCUUUUAUAUCUUUGUUGUUUUCCUUCUAAUAUGAAUGGUCUAUUACCUCUGGCGUUUUAGUCAGACAUGCAUAUUUAAUAAAUAAAAUAACAUUCUGUACAA